UUGUGUAAAUAUCAACAGUUUAGAAACAUGGAGGAGUCUGAGAAGGACAGUGAAUCUGUUUCCGUUAAAAGUGAUGUGUGUAAAGUUGUUGACAGUGAUGCAGUUUCAGCCCGAAAAUCAACUAACCGGAAUUAUUCGGUUAAAUCUUCUCAGUGGAAACCGAGACUCAAACUGUUUAAAAAGGUGACGGAGAAGAGUCUGCAAUGGCUGGUAGAGAACGCAAGUUUCAACAGGUUUUCCCACUAUUUCCAGCCACUGUCAGCACAAAACCCCCAGCUGACAGAAGCCAUGCACAAACAGUUCGUCAGUCAACUACAGAUAUUAGUGCAGAAAGAAAUUGCCAGUGUGAUUGAGGAGGGAGACCUGCAGGUGAAGCUGGAAGAGUUGGAUAAACUGGAGGAGCUUGUUAAAGAUGCAUCAGAACCUGCAUGGCGUCCAACUGGAAUUCCAGAGCAGGAUGUGUGUAGUGAUUUAGUGACGAAUUAUAAGAAACAGGAGGAAUACAUGUGUCUACAGCUGAAGAAACUCCAGAAGGAAAACACACUGCUUGCUCAGAAAGUACAAGCCGGUAGAGAGACCAUCACCCAAACAGAGCAGCACAUUUCCACAGCAGUAGAAGAAUGGAGGGCUUCUAUUGAGGAUCUUGAAACAUUUGUUUCGACUCUUUCCUCUUCUGAAAACUUUGAGUCUCUGUGACAUCUGUGGACUAAGAAACAUUUCAAUUUGUGCCAUUGCAUGGCUUAUUUUUUUGUGAUACUAUCACACUAGUAUGUG